AUGGGAGAAUAUAGGAGAUGCUUGGAGAGGCAAGAGAGAGAAAGAAAGGAGAGAAACCGUAGAGCCGAUGAAAUCAAUGAGUUGCAGAGGCAAGUCGAUGAACAAGUUCUCAUAGCAGUGGCAAUGGAAGAGGAAGAGAACCAAGGUCGCCGCCGUGGUUCACAAGUCGGCCGUCGCCGGAAUGUGGACAGACAUAGGCAUUCUCGGGGUAAGAAUCUUUUGGAAGAUUAUUUUAUCCCAACUGCUUUGUACUCUGAUGUUGAUUUUCGAAGGCGAUUUAGAAUGCAACCUCAUUUGUUCAAUAAAGUCAUGCAUGAUAUUUGCAAUUAUGAUGCAUACUUUGUUCAAAAGUGUGAUGCUACUGGGGUUUUGGGCCUUCUUCCGGAGCAAAAGCUUACAGCUGUUAUACGAAUGUUGGCGUAUAGAGCAUCUGCUGAUCAGGUUGAUGAGGUUGCCCGAAUGGGGAAGUCCACUACGUUGGAGGCUUUGGUAAGAUUUUGUGAUGCAGUUGAAAAUCUGUACACUAGGGACUACCUGCGUAGACCUACUCCCAGGGACCUCCAACGGCUUCUACAAAAAGCCGAAGCUCGAGGAUUUCCAGGAAUGAUUGGUAGCAUCGACUGCAUGCAUUGGCAAUGGAAGAAUUGCCCAACUGCCUGGCAAGGUGAUUACGGAAAUAGAAAAGGCACAAAAAGUAUCAUCCUGGAAGCCGUUGUUGGCUUUGACACAUGGGUUUGGCAUGCUUUCUUCGGAGUUGCCGGAGCCCAAAAUGACCUCAACGUCCUGGGUCAAUCUCUGGUCUUCAACGAUGUUUUGAGCGGCCAAGGCCCCAAUAUUACCUAUUAA